ACUUGGUGCUCUUGUUGUUUUCUUGCAACCUCAACUAUGUAACAUCAACAUCUUCAACAACAACAGCAAUCCCCCAUCGUUUCCCCGGUUGGCGGGCCUCGCUCAGCACCCCCCGCGUCACGCCUCGAGCGAGGCCGUGGGGAUGGCAAUCACGUGUCCUCGAGGGCUCUGAGUCAUCCGCAGCCUCCCAGGUCCAAGCGGCGUUAACCUCAGCCGUGCGUCUUUGGUGUGGCUGAGCAGAAAUGGGCGAACUUUGCGCUGGUUAAUUAUGAAAAGGCGCCUUGAGGAGAAAGUUGCCCGAGUAGAUUCAUUUUCACUUUUCAACCAAGAUUUCGUACAGAUGAGGUGGGAAAAAAAAGUUUAGAGGCUCUUUUUUUUUUUAAAGGGGUCAAAAGUUUUUUUACAGGUAGUCCCCAAUUUAACAACUUACUUCCAGUAUUUGAAGGGCUGCCACAAAAAAGAGGGUGUCAAAUUAUUCUCCAAAGCACCUGAAGGGCAGGAUAAGAAACAAUGGUUGGAAACUAAUCAAAGAGAGAAGCAAAGUUCCUACGUCUGACUCUAAAGAUUGGAUCAAAGUUAAUGGAUAGCCAGGAACAUUUUAUCAAGGCAGUUCAAGAGAAAAACCCAGCCAAGUCAACAUAUUACGAAAAAGCUGUUGAGACUUUGGAAAAAGUUCAAAGAAGAUCAACUAAGAUGAUCAAAGGCCUGGAGGCUAAAACAUAGGAAGAGUGGCUGCAGGAUUUGGGUUUGGCUGGUCUAAAGAAAAGAAGAAUUAGGGGGUCAUAUGAUACCAAUAUUCCAGUAUUUGAGAGGCUGCCACAAAGAAGAUAGGGUAAAUUUAUUCUACAAAGCACCAGAGGGCAAACUUCCCAACAGUGAGGACAGUUAACCAGUGGAACAGCUUUGCUGUCAAAAAUUGUAGGUGCUCCAUCACUGAAGGUCUUUAAGAAGAGACUGGACAGCCACUUGUCUGAAAUGGUAUAGUAUAAAGAGAGAGCUUGUGAAAUGAAUUGGUAGAUUACCAUCUACGAGAAGUGACAGGAGAGCUGGGCUUGUCUGGUGAUCCUUAAGACAGAGAUUGAAACCCUGUUGAAUUUUUCCUCAAAGACUAUGGAUCCCACUGCCCCUCAUUGUGUGGAGAAGCCUUCUGUCCAUGCAAAUACUCCUGUUCCUGAUAUUCUCCAAAAACUGGAAGAAUCUCGGCUUCGACUUUUGAAUCCUGUCCAUCCUUCAGGAUUGUGGCAGAAGGAUGUGGGUGAGGCACACAUGGAGAGCUUCUGGAAAGGCCCAGAGGGAUCUACAAAGAGCGACAAUAUCCCAGAGACCAGAGAGACAUCGGGAAGAAACCAGAACCAGGAACAAAGCAAGUUAAUGCUAUCUCAGUUUCUGCAAACCGGGCCUAAGAAAUUGCUUUCCUAUUGUACCUUCUCUCAGCCAAAUUUGCUGCGGUCGGAAAAUCCCUUCUUGACACAGCAAACUUUCUCCAGCCUUACUUUGCCAGGGCUGGAAGAAUCAAGAGCUCGCUUGUUGCUCCCGGUUAUUCCAACAAACCUCCCUCUGGAUUCUGCAAAGCUUUUGAAAGGAUUCUCACUCCCUCCUUCGCCAAAACUCUAUGCUGCUGAAUUGCCACGACAGGAGGAGACCUCUCAAUCUUACCAGGAACUGGAGGAGCACGAGAAAAAAGAGGACGAGGUAGACUCAUUCAACAACAUCCCAGAAUAUGUCCUUGCAAUGCCUGAGGAUGAGUUGGAACAAUUACAGGAGGAAGAUGACACCCUGUUGUCUGAGAUAGAGGAUGAUGAUGAAGGAGUAGCUGUGAAAGACCAGAAGCUAAUACUCUUGAGCAUUGUCUGCUGCUCCUUGGUGGAAGGAGCAAACUUUGGGAAUCCUCCAGGGUUGCUUCAGCAGAAACUGAUGAAAAUAUGUAAGAGUUUAGCAGAAUAUGAACCAGAAUUCAUCCUCAAGGUUGCCUUGUAUGCCCGCCAAGAACUGAACAUCCGCAGUACGGCUAAUUUCCUCCUGGCAUUGGCUUCCUACCUUCAGCCCUGCCGCCCACAUGUGCGGCGCUAUUUCUGCCAUGCGGUACAGCUCCCAUCGGACUGGAUGCAAGUGGCCCGGCUCUAUCAAAGCCUAGCAGGAGAAGAAGGGACACUGGCUCCCAUGCCUUCCUGCCUCCGCGCUGGGAUGGCUGAUAAGUUCCGGCAGUUUGAUGCCUAUCAGUUGGCCAAAUACAACACACGCAAGAGCCAGGGCAAGCAACGUCACAAGCCAAAGGCUACAAAGACUGAAAGAACUACUUCUUGGGACAACUGGAAAAAGCACAGGCUAGGUCAGAACAAGAUAUUUGCAUCAAAAUGUGAAGCCUUGCAGAAAGCGCGUCAAGAGAUCAUGGAUUCUGUAAAAGAGAAAGCUGUUACAGAUUUGUUCUCUCUGAAGAAUUUGAUCCACCGCCUUCAUAUUUCGGAGCCAGCUCAGCAAGUCAUGAGUAUCUUGGGACGGAGGUACCCCCAAGAUCUGCCCUCCUUUUCACGAAGUCGAUUGCCAGGGCCCUGGAAUCCAGCCCUUGCUGGCACUCGUAUGCGACUGCCGGUGCCCCAGACUUGGGAUCGAGAACUGAGCUACCGUGGGAACGAGGCUGCUGUCUGGGAAGAGUUGAUUGAUUCAAAGAAACUCCCCUUCAUGGCAAUGCUACGAAACCUGCGGAACAUUUUGAGGUCUGGGGUGAGCGAGAGGCAUCAUCAAUUUCUCUUGAAGCGCCUUGAGGAUAAGGAUUCUGUCAUCCACAGCAGACAACUUCCUUUCCGGUUCCUUUCAGCCUACAAAGUGAUUUUGGACCUGGAAAAAGAACUUAAGAAGAAAGACGAGCCCUUCCCAAGCAACGUACAGCUCAUCGAAAAGGUCACGAAGCUAAUGAAACUACCAAUGAAUUCUAGAAAAUCCCGAUAUCUACGGGGUUGCAUGGAGAUCCCGCUCAUUUUCCAGAUGGUGAAGCAGGAGAAGAACAAAUUGCUUAAAUCCAGGGACAUCCGCUACACCGCUGACCUCCUGCAACGCUACUGUCAGGCUCUCGAGACAGCAGUUGGAUUAUCCGUUAAGCAUAAUAUGCACCCCAUUCCUGGAAGGACUCUCAUCUUGAUCGCCAACUGCUAUCGAUUGAAGAAACCUUGCGUUCAAGCCCGAAAUAUGUAUUGUCCAACUUAUGACAAAAAUAGCUGCUAUGAUCGGAGGAAUCCCAUGACGGUCCAAGACUUGGCCAUGUUGCUGGGCUCCAUGUUAUAUUCGGUCUGUGAACAGGCUAAGGUUUUCCUCAGCAACUCUUCAGAUAUCAUGGGAGCUAUUCCCAUGACCGGUUCUGUGUUGAAGGAUGUGCAAACCUUACAGGACAUGGACAAAAUAAUUUGCUAUAGUAGUGACUGGUCGUCAUCGAGCAUCAUCAAGGAUUUCUUCAUUCGGCGGGAACAUGUGGAUACGAUACUCUUGUUAAGUAGUGACGUUGAAGAACUUGAAGGUUCUUGUCUGCAGCUCUAUCGCCGACAUGUUGCCCCAGAUUGCCUUUUCAUCAAUAUAUGUGCUGAGCUUGGGGAGAAAAGAACUUUUAAAUCCAGGAAGGAUAUAAUAAUCCAUGGUUUCAGUGAGCAAAUGUUCAGGUUUAUGUCUGAAUGUGGCAAUUCCCGGUUCUUGGAACACGUUGGCAAAGUUGACGAGAUUUACGGCUUGCCCAAGCAACAGAGAACAGUGACAGCUCAGCAGGAACCUGGAGUUGUGUCCUUGAUACCUGUGCCUCAGAGCAGGUGGCGCUCUGUGAGGAUUUUUGUCUCCUCUACUUUCCGGGAUAUGCACGGUGAACGUGACCUGCUUAUUCGCUCUGUUUUUCCCGAGCUUCGUGCACGAGCCUCCAGGUUCUGCUUAGCAAUCCAAGAGAUUGAUUUGCGCUGGGGAAUCACGGAGCAAGAGAGCCAGAGGAACAAGCAGGUGGAAUUGUGUCUCUCCGAAGUCUCACGGAGCGACCUCUUCAUUGGAAUCCUUGGGGAGCGCUAUGGCCAUGUCCCGAAAGAGACUACUUUGCCGGAGGAGCCGCAGUACGAAUGGGUGAAAACAUAUCCAUCAGGCCGCUCUAUCACUGAACUGGAGGCUGUUCAAUUCCUGAAUGGUAGCCAUGAUCCCACAGCAGAAUCUAGGGCCUUCUUCUAUCUACGGGAGCCUGACUUUCUUGGCUCCGUACCAGAAGCAUGGAAGAAAGAUUUUGGAGCUGAAUCGGAAGAAGCUGCCCAACGCAUGGCUGAUUUGAAGGAACAUCUCAGGAAACAUGGAAGUUUGGCCGCCUUUAGCAGCUAUGCCUGUCAGUGGGGUGGAGUUGUCCAAGGCCAGCCUUUUGUGAAAGGCCUUGAAGAUUUUGGCCACAGAAUCUUACAGGAUGUGUGGAAAUGCCUCCAGCACCAUUUCAUUGAGGGAGGUGAAUCUGAACUCACAAUAGACUCAAAGGAAGAAGAAGGAAACACCCUGCAAGAAUCUUUCCAGGAAUCACAGCAAAGGAGAUUUUGUGCCCGGACGAAACUUCUGAAUACCACAGCAGCUCAGAUGCACGGUGGCAAGCUUUAUGUUGUGAGCGGUGAACCUGGCCAGGGAAAAACAGUUUUCUUGGCGGCCCUUGCAGAGAAGCUCAGGAAGAUGGUCCCACUGGUAGGAGAAGGCCCUCCUCCCAAGUAUCACGUUGUAGCCCAUUUCACCAAGGCGGGACCCAACCAGACCAAAGCCCAAGUCGUGUUGGAUCACCUCUGUGCCUUGCUGAGGAAGUUGCUAGAGAACCCUCCGACCCCACCUAGAAGUUACAGAGGGCUUGUAACCCAGUUUGAAUGCCUUCUCCAUGCGGUGGCCAAGUUGUUGAAACGGCGCCAGUCUCUGGUGCUUUUGAUUGACGGUGCUGACUUGAUCCACGCUACCAGUGGAGAGCUGGUAUCUGACUGGCUGCCUGAAAAUAUGCCCCAGCGAGUCAGCCUGGUUCUCAGCGUCUCGGCGGAGUCCAUGCUGCUUGAAUCUCUUAAGCAACGGAAGGAUGCCGUCUUCAUUCCCCUUGACCCUUUGAUCCCUCCAGACCGGGCUGCCAUCGUCCGCAAAGAUUUGGCCCUGCAUGGGAAAAAAUUGGAGGAGUCCGCUUUUAAUAACCAGAUGCGACUUGUGCUUCUCAAACGUGGCUCUCGACAGCCUUUAUACCUGAGCUUGCUAAUCCAGGACCUGCGUCUUUUUGCCCUCUAUGAGAAGCUCUCGGAACGGAUCCAGAAACUUCCCAUCUCUCUUCCCCUAAUGAUGCAACACUUGUUGGGUUGCAUAGAGCAAGAUCACGGGCUGGAGCUGGUUGCUAUCACUUUGGUGUCUCUCUGGGCCAGCAGAAAUGGACUAAUGGAACAAGAUCUCUAUUCUAUCCUUGCUAUGUGGAAGGAAUUAAAUGGGACCACCGUAACCUUGGAAAAAGCCAUUAAUGCUGGAAGACACGUUGGCAAUUUCCCCACAGCUCUCUUCUUUGACCUACUGCGGAGCCUGAGGGGUCUUCUUGGAGCUUGCGGUUCCCCAUCAGAGCUCCCAGGUUCUCGGCUGCAACUCUGUGGAACCCCCUUGAGGAUGGCGGUAGAACGGCGCUACUUGAAAAAACCAGGACUGGAACACACAGCUCAAGUGUUCUUGGCAGCUCACUGGUGGAAACUUUCAGACCCAGAUGGUUCCCGGACCUUCCAGAAGUCUGAGGCAGAGGCAUUAACUGCCCUGCCAUACCACUUGGUCCAAUGUGGCUAUUUGGAUGUUCUGGCUUCUUUCCUGACUGAUUUAAAGGUUAUCAGUGCUCAUCUUCAUCUCGGCCAUCUCCGUAGCCUCUCUGAAGCCUACGCACUCUAUGCAACAGCUGCUGGCUCAGAACCCAGUGAGGCAGUCAAUUUAUUUUCUGACUUUUUGCAAAGAAACUUUGGGCUGCUUUCCCAGAAUCCUCUACUGCUCUUGCAGCAGGCAGCAAAUGAACCCAGUUCUUUAGAUCUCUGCUUACAAGCCCAGGUGGCUCUCCAGAAAUGCGGGAAACCUUUCCUGAAAUGGAUUAACAAACCUGAGAGGGCCCAGCAAACCAAGAGCCUCGUUUUGAACCUUCCUUCCACUCCUUCUUCUGUUUCUCUUGCUCCUUCGGGAAAAUUGGCCAUUGUGGGUACCGUGGAGGGGACAUUACACCUGGUGGAGAUGAAAACCGGACAGGAACAGAAAUCCUUGUUGACCUCCUGUGAUGGAAUCUCGGCCUGUGCCUUUUUGUCUGAAACAACGGUUUGUCUCGGGGCCUUCAAUGGACGCUUUGAACUUUGGAGCCUGAGAGAAGGAUGCAGGAUCUUGAGCAAGGAUGCUCACAAGGCCCAAAUUACGGACUGCUGCAUCAAUUCAGAUUGUAAAUGUUUAGCUUCAGUAUCACUAGAUGGCACUCUUAAGCUCUGGGAAGCUGCCCGAGGACAUGUGCUCCACCAGUGGGACUUGUCAUGCCCUUUGAACUGUGUGACCUUUCAUCCAAACAGUCAGUUUGUGGCUAUCGGUGGAUGGGACAGAUCGGUCACCGUCUUGGAUACAAAUGGAAUGAGCAAGAUCUCGGUCAUGAAGGAUCACGAUGCCUCCAUCCACUCCAUUUCCUUCUCUUCCACUGGGAAAAUUUUGGUGGCGGCUACUUUGGCUGGGUCCAUCACCCUUUGGUCUUGGCAGGAGGCCAUCAUCCUGGGUUCAUUCAAGGCUCACUCUGGGUGCACCUCGGUGGCUCGGUUCCUUUCCAAUGAAAAACUUCUCACAGCAGGAGAAGACUGCAAGGUUCAGAUUUGCAAAGGCCAUUUGGGGCAAUUUUGGAGCAGUUUAGGAUCAGGAACUCUUUCCCCGGCCCUGUGCAUGGCCUCAAAUCUUGACGGAAGCCAAUUGGCCGUGGGACACCAUUCAGAUGGCAUCUGGAUCUACAGCCAACCUUGGCGCUUUCAGACAACCCCAAUUCAUUUGCAAGGAAGCCAUGUGGCUGUCUGUAGCCUAGCCUGGUUGCACCAUAUAUUCUUGGUUGCGGGCCUUGGCGAUGGGUCCCUUUGUGUCUGGAAGACCUUUGAGAGCAGCUCUGAUUGCUGCCAUCAGUUCAAGGCUCACGAGAAAGCUGUGAUGGGCCUUGGGGUGUCUGAUAAACUGGUGGCUUCUGUCUCAGAUGAUUUCACUGUUGGGCUGUGGCUUUCAGAGACCCUGAGACCAGGACCUGCCUUGGACGCCGGCAUCUCACCACUCUCCAUUCUCCGUGGUCACACUUCUGGGGUGACCUGCUGUGCCUUCAGCCUUGAUGGCAACUACCUUGCUACCGGAAGUAAAGACCGGGCCUUGUUUCUAUGGGAUGUAAGAGACCCUCUUCAGAAGACUCCCUCUCUCUUGCACUCCCUGCUUUUCUGCCACCAGGACUGGAUUUCCAGCUGUGCUUGGAUUGGCACCAUGUUGCUCUCCGGCUCCAAUGAUGGUACCGUUUGUCUCUGGGAUACAACAACUAGUGAGUGUGUCCAGAAAUUUUUGGGGCACCAAAGCCCAAUCUGUGGUAUUACAACUGAGAAAGACCAUAUCAUCUCCAUGGGCAGAGAUGGGCUGCUGAUAACAUGGAACCUCCAAGGAGUGGAAGAAACUCGGUUCUUGGCUCACCCGAGUCAGACUAACCAUUGCAUUGGCUUCAGGGAUCCAUGGCAGAAAGACUUCAUGUUGGCUGCAGCCGGUGCUGAUGGCACUGUAAGAAUUUGGAGACCCUUGACGAUCGAACAGCCUCAAGUUCUUUUUGGACACUCUGCUUCUGUCUGUGCAGCUGCUGCUACCUCCUCGUCUUUCCUGACCAUCUCCAAAGACAAGUCAGCCCGCAUAUGGGCAGUCCCCAAAAACGAUGCUGAUACGGAACAGCUGCCUCCUCACCAGGGUGCUGUCACAGCUGUGGCUUGGUCGCCAGAUGGGACCUUGGCUGCUUCCGGUGGAGAACACGGUGACCUGAUUAUCUGGCAACAAGGAGAGCUUUUGGGGGUGGCAAAGGUUGGUCCCCAGUGCAUCAGUGCUCUCACAUUCCAUUCUUCUCAUACAAUCCUUGUGGCUUGUGAUGGGAUCAGCCUUUGGGAUAUAAGUGACAGCACGCAGAAGGUCAAGCCAGUUAGCUUGACGCAUAGGAGAAUCUUGUGGCAAACCAAAGGAGUCUCUGUGCUGUGCAUGGGGACACUCCCCACCUUGGGUGCUUCGGUUUGUGGUCUCAGUAAUGGAGAGUUGUUGGUUCUUCAACCUGGAGAAGACAAUUUCCAGAACACCAUAGAUAUGUUCCCAAAUUGUUACAUUGAUAAUGCUAUUUUUGAUAUAUACCCAUCUGAUGAAGAGCAGGAGAUCUUACAUGUGUGGCACACCAUGGAGAAACCAGACUUGAUGAAAUUGAGCGAGAAUAAAAAGGCCACAAUCAUUAAGCACAUCAAGUGGACACCGAACAAGCCUUCUAGCUUCGUCACUGUUGCCAAGCUAGUCAAAGACAAGUUAUUAUUAUAUGGGGACACAGAGGGAUUUCUCUGGAGUCAGACUGCGCAAAUAGAGGAGGAAGUGGAAGAGGAGAAGGAAGAGGAGAGUACAGAUGAGGACGAGGAUGAGGAUGAAGAUGAAGAUGAAGAUGAAGAAAAAGAAAAGGAGGAGGAAGAGGAAGUGGAGGAGGAAGUAGAGAGGGAAGAAGAAGCAGAGGAGGAAGUGGAAAAAGAAGAGAAAGAGGACAACGCACCUAAGGACUGGCAAAAGAAGAAGAUCCACUGUGACAAAAUUACAGCUUUGCAUCUGGUGGGAGACAGGAUUGUAACAGCAUCCUGCGACCGGGAUGUGAAGAUUUGGGAUGGCAGCACAAUGAAGCUGAUUGGCCAAUUCCGAUGCCGGGCCCAAGUUUCCUGUCUCCAGCCGUUCCGUUGCAAAGACUCUUCUGUCUGUCUAAUGGCAGGAGAUACUUUGGGCACUGUUUACUUUCUGGAUUGGGGCAGCCUUUGUGUGUGAGGAGAUUUUUGAAUGCCACUUCAGCCUCUUCUGACCUGUUCAGCGUAUCUGAAGCAUUGAGAUGUUAUUUCUUGUGACCUGAAAGUGGUUCCUAUGUUGCAGUUGAUGGUGGCUUAAUAACGAUGAGACUUUAGAUUGAACCUUACAAUCAGGAGAAGUAAAAAUUCCAAACUCCACUUGAUGAAAAUAGCGGAGCCUGGGAAUACAUAAAUUUAUAUGAAAUUUAAAGAGAUUUUUCACAUGAGAUUUAAAUGGAAUUAAAAUUAAUUUUCCUUCGCUGCA